AAAAGGAUGGAUGAUUUUGAAGUGGGUUCGCUAGAGAGGAUUUCUUCAGAGAAACUAAUUUUUCCUAAGGGAUUGACUAAUGUUAAACGAGAGCAGAAGGAUAAUUUAAUGAGCAUCACUAAAGGAUUCCCUCUAUUUCUAAAAGGACUAGGAGCUAUUAUGCGACAAGAACGAAAAUCUCCAGAAGAACUUAUUGCAGAAAUUGUGCAUGCUUUAAAAAAAAUGAAAGUGGAGCUGGAUGUGAGUGGAAAGCUUGCUGGUUUUGAUGAAGAAGGAGUGGAUAUCAAUCAGAUGUCAGCAGUCAGUUUAAUGUUUGAGACACUUUCCACAGAAAGGUUAAAGUUAUCUGCAGUAGUGGUUUCCUUGUUUCAUGGGCCUUUCUCCGUGGCAACAGCUGCCAAAGUUCUUGAUGUUGACCCCUCAGAGGCCACUGUUCAACUAGAGGGUCUUGUAGCCAGCCAAAUAAUUUCUGUUGUUGAUGAAGAAGCAAAAGAAAGGAAGUAUGAUAUUCACCCUCUCUUAUGGAAGUAUGCUGACAGUAUCAAGAAUCAUGAAGAUUUUCUUGCUCCUUACAUGGAGGCAAAAGCACGCUUUUAUGAACUUUUUAUGUCCAGGAUGGAGAAAAUUGCCAAACUGAUUGAGCCAGAAUAUGUCAGAGCAUUCCACUUGUUUGAGAAAGACAGAGGAAACUAUGAGUUUACUGUUGAGGUCUCCUUACAACCAGAGUAUUUCAUUGUUCGAGGUGAAUUCCAUGAGAUUGCUUUGAUUGCAUCUCUUUUCACUGCAAUGCUGAAUCAUAAAAAAAUAAUCAAGGUGUUUCAUUCCUGGGCUGAGAUGUGUGAAGAUGAUGGAAAAACAGGUUCUCUUUGCCGAGCGCAGUUAAAGUCCUGGGAAGCCAGGGAAGUUUCAGAUGUUGAUGGAACAGAGAGAGGAUUUGAAACAUUGAGGGAAGCUCUGAAUUCACUGGAGAAAGUUGAAGAUCAAAGUAGUGAAUCCUUUAUGCUCACCAAGGGGCUUUACUUGCAAGCUGAAGGUGAAAUCCUUUGGAGAAACAGAGACUAUAAAAAAGCACUGGCAAGUCUGGAGUUGUCCUUAACUUUCUCUGAACCACUGCUAAAGGAGCAUACUGAUCUUGCAAGGUGCUACAAUGCUAUUGGAAACAGCUUUUUUCACCUGGACCAACCCAGGAAAGCACUUGAGUUCUAUGAAAAAGCCUACAAAAUGCAAGAGAAAUUAGGAUCAGAGAAUCACUUUGACAUGCCAAUGUACAAGAAUCAGAUUGGAACUGCGUAUGAAGGCCUUAAAGAUUAUGGAAAGGCGGUUCAAUGGUACAGAGAUGCACUAAGUCUUUUGGAGGAUCUUAAACUUUUAGGUGAUUUGGACGAGGCACUCUUCUCAAGAAAUCUUGCUAAUGCACUCAUGUUUCAAGACAAAUAUAAAGAGGCAAUUGAACCUUCAGAGAGGGCUUACAACAUAAGGAUGAAGCUUCUCGGAAAUCACCCACAGACUGUGCGCAGCAUUUUUCAACGAGGGGUCCUUCAGGCCAAUCUUAAACACCCAAAAGAAGCUUUGAAGCUGUUUCUUGAAGCAUGGGAGAUGGAAAAGUCACUUGAUGCAGGAAACCAUAGUGAAGUGUGGCGAAAGAUUAUCACAGGUGUGGAAGAUAUGUGUGAUUGGACACUCAGUUUUCUACGGAAGAGGUCAUUUAGGAAAGAGGCUUUCAAGUUUUGUCAACGUUUCUGGGAAGAACAGAAAGCUUCUCAACAAUUCACUUUCAAUAUGUUUAACAAAGGCAUCGUUGAUGCUCUGAAUGAUCUUGCUCAUGACAAGAAAGACAAAGCUGUAGUACAAAAGGAACAGUUUUGGUUCUACGAGGCGAGGUGCAAUGCCAACGAGAGAGAGUUUCAAGAGAAGUUUCAUUCGGAAACUGAUAAUGAUGCUCUCUGUGUCAUGCUGAGUGAGAGGGAAAAUCUCUUGGAUGACACAGUGGUGCUCUGUUCUCGACUUAAGGAACGCGAGAAGGUGAGGAAAUACAAAAUGGACAAGGUGGCUUUGUAUAAAAUGUGUCUGGUGAGAGCGGAUUUCCUUGGAAACAAAGAGGACAGGUCGGACAAAGCGUCAUUGAAAAUGAAGGUAGAAAAUCUUUACAAAGAGACAGGACAAAAAGGAAUGAUCGCGAAAUUUCGAGAGACAUUGUUGGAUUUGUGGCAAAAGCAGUGGGAAGAAGGAAAAAGUAAUGAAAAAACGGAGAAGAUCGGCUUGGAAAGGGAGAGAACAAUCGAGGGAAUUCUCAAUCUGUGCCUGGAACUCAAAAAAGUAAAUAUGUACAGACGGUAUGGACAAGAAGCAUUGAGCUUUUAUGAGGAGAUAUGGGAGAUAAAACAUGCCAAGAUGAAGGACCGUGAAAUGAAGAAGUUUCUUCGUAAACUCAAGGAGUUAGCAUCGUCCAUUGAAGAUUACACCAGCGAGAAGUUCUACAAAAUUGCAUUACAGACUUCACGUUGCCAUGCGUUGAGUGAUCUGCAGAUAGCUUAUCGCGAUGAUUUUCCUGAUUAUUGCCUUCCUGUUGCUGAGACUAAAAUUACCCAGUGUUCCACAUUUGCAGUGGUUUGCCGUCUCAAGGCCCACAAGUUCACCAUAACCUCGCAACCGUCCACCCUUUCAUUACCAGGCUUCCCAUUGGUCAAAGUGUACUUUCCCUCAAACGCAGUCUCCGCCGCAGAAGAAUUGCACGUGACUGUCACGAUACAAGAAUUUCGCAGCAGAGAGUUAAGAAACAAAGAGAUGUUGGCUGGCCCGAUACUCAGUAUUCUGUGCAGUAAGGAGGUGGAGUUCCAGGAACCAGUCACUGUACAGCUGCCGUUAUCCUUGAGAGACACGGAACAGGCUGCUGAAUCAUUGGGUAUUCCUGAUCCUUCAUUCGUCCGUGCCCGAGUCUUGUUGCAACCAUCUGAUGGAACAGAACGAGAAUGGGCCGAAAUUACAGAUGUUCUUGAUUCCCCCCCUUGGCUGGAGGGGACUGUCAUCAAAUUCAACGUGAAGCACUUCUCGAGACUUUGGGGCUGGAUAGAUUGGUGCGUUAAACCAGUUGUGUCACCAAUAAUCGAAUACGCGCGUAGCUUUAACACAGAAGAUGUGCCCCAAGUGGCAGUUUUUACAGCUUGUCUUCCAGCAAAUACAAGCUUAGGUUCUACAAAACAGCUGCGUGUGAUAUGCAGUUCAAGUAACGCGACACGGAAGCACAUCAGACAUGAGGAGGAAUUCUUGUUAGAGGAAGAAAAUGCGUGGGAUAACAUGGUACCUCGCCAAAGGGCUUAUGUGUUUUUUUCAGGGAGCGUGGUUCAGCCGGCCGAGGUCGCGGAUUUGGAGGACUUUUAUGUCAGAUUUGAAAAAGAUGAUUCCAUAAUAAGAAAGUUGAGGGUACAUGUUGUCGACAAAGGAUGGCUAAAAAUUGAGUUCUUCAACAGCAGAGA